AUGGUGAUGAAAAGGCUUUCUGAAAAUGAAGCUAUGAAUAUCUGUGACAUAUUUAGAAACCAUGAGCAGCAUAGAAGUCAGAACUCAGCAAUGCCUCAUUUAACUGAUCGACCUUAUUACAAGGUCCAAACGCAUGUGGAAAACCCAACUAGGUACCACAUACAGCAAGCACAGAGACACCAAGUUAAGCAAUAUCUAACUCUUGACACCAAGUUGCCCAAUCAAACCCUUACAUUGAACCAUCCACAAGCCACAGGUGCCACACAUUUGGUACAGAAUGGACACGUGCCUCCUGAAAGUGAAAUUGGGAUCACAGAAAAUCCAAUCACCAAGUUGUUAGCUCUUGGGAAGGACCAUGAAAAUGUGAUGGAUGAUGUUUUUGAGAACAUAAUCAGCAUGGAAUCAAGUUUUAAUGAUAAAGGAACAGGUUGUCCAGAAGAUCCACUCCUAAUGCAAAAGACGUUAUCUGGAAGCAUCUUGGAUGUGUACAAUGGUGACCAGGGGAUUUCACCAGUUAAUAUGGGACUUACUAAUGCUUCCUGUCCAAGAAGUCUACCUGUGAAAAGGGAAUCCCCAGAAACAGAUACCCGGGCUCUGGCCAAAGAGAGGCAAAAAAAGGACAAUCACAAUCUCAUUGAAAGAAGAAGAAGGUACAAUAUUAAUUUCCGAAUCAAAGAGCUUGGCACUCUUAUUCCAAAGUCUAAUGAUCCUGAUAUGCGCUGGAACAAAGGAACUAUUUUAAAAGCAUCAGUGGAGUACAUCAAGUGGCUACAAAAAGAACAACAGAGAGCCCGAGAAUUAGAACACAGGCAGAAGAAAUUAGAGCUGGUUAACCGACAGCUUCUACUUCGAAUUCAGGAACUGGAAAUACAGGCUCGGGCACAUGGUCUGCCAAUCACGUCUUCACACAGUGCAACCGAUUUGGCUGCCCAUACCACCAAUCAACAGACCUAUCCAGAGGAUAAAUCAGUAGAUUAUUCCCAAGAACUGACUCUGGCUCAGGGAUCAAGAUCUGACCUCUGCGAUGGAUCCAUGGCCUUUUCUUAUCCCCUGUCACACUUUACUGAUUUAUCAUUUAGUGCUGCCUUGAAAGAAGAACAAAGAUUGGAUCAUAUAUUACUGGAUGAUUCAGUAUCUCCAUUUGGAACAGAUCCUCUGCUAUCUGCCACUUCACCUACAGUAUCCAAAGAGAGCAGUAGGAGAAGUAGUUUUAGCACAGAUGAUGGAGAUGAGUUAUAAAAAAGGGGAAAAAAAAAAAAAAAACUGUGAACAGACCCAAUCUUCACAUUGGGAAGAAAUUCUCUGCUGGUGCUAUGCGAUUAUGCUCUGAGUCUGGUAUAUUGCUGAGGCUUAAUUUUUGUAACAGAGUAAGUUGUUCAUGGCAAACUGGGUUUCGAGGAGUGUUGAAGCAAAGGAGAAGACUGCUUGAAGAUGAAAAAUUAAGUUGGAGAAAUA